AUGGGUCUUUUUCCUAGUUUUAGUCUUAUCUUCUUAUUCUUAGUAGAAUUCACGAGAGGAUUGUCAACCGAUCCAAUUUUUCAGGAUCGGGCAUCUCUCCUCUCGUUUAUGUCUGGUAUUGUUCUCGAUACCAGACAUAAUUUAAAUAAUUGGAACUCCUCGGGAGUUCAAUUAUGCAAAUGGGCCGGGGUAAAAUGCGAUGAGCGUGGAGUUCGAGUGGUGGAGCUUGAUUUGAGUGGAAGAGACCUUGCCGGAACAAUCUCUCCGGCGAUCGGAAAACUUUCUUCUUUAACUAUUCUCGAUUUGUCCGGUAACUUCUUAUAUGGUGAAAUCCCACCCGAGAUUGGUUCUUUAUCUUCACUAACGCAGCUAAGUCUUUCAUCGAAUCUUCUAGAAGGGAAUGUUCCAAUACAACUUGGAAAUCUUGAUCAAUUGGUUUAUCUUUCGAUUGGAAGUAAUAAACUAAGUGGGGAGAUACCGGAGAAACUUUUAUGCAAUGGAUCUUCUUAUUUACAAUAUUUAGAUCUUUCAAAUAAUUCACUUAGUGGAGAAAUACCAUUGAAGAAUCAAUGUGAGCUUAAACAGUUAAGGUUUCUUCUUCUUUGGUCUAAUCAUCUCACCGGUCGAUUUCCAAAAUCACUUUCGAAUUCGACGAAAUUACAAUGGCUUGAUUUGGAAUCGAAUUUCAUCUCCGGCGAGUUACCGGCCGAAGUUAUUAUCAAGAUGCCACAUUUACAGUUCUUAUAUCUUUCAUACAAUAACUUCGUAAGCCACAACGAAAACGAUGAUCUCCAACCGUUUUUCUCUUCUUUAACUAAUUCUUCAAAUCUUCAAGAACUCGAAUUGGCGGGAAACAAUCUCGGGGGUGAGAUUCCUCAUGUUAUAGGAUUUCUCUCAUCGAAUCUUGUCGAGAUUCAUCUUGACGACAAUCUAAUCUACGGCUCGAUUCCUCCUCAAAUAUCGAACCUUGUUAAUCUCACCCUGUUGAAUUUAUCGAGCAAUUUCUUAAACGGAACAAUCCCAUCUGAAUUCCGGGGAAUGGAGAAGCUUGAAAGACUUUACUUGUCGAAUAAUUCAUUAUCCGGUGAGAUUCCUUCGGCUUUUGGUGAAGUUCUUCAUCUGGGUCUUCUUGAUUUAUCGAAGAACAAGCUUUCGGGUUCAAUCCCAGAUAGUUUCUACAAUCUUUCUCAAUUAAGGAGAUUAUUGCUUCAUGAAAAUCAGAUUUCUGGAACAAUACCACCAAGUUUGGGAAAAUGUAUUAACUUGGAGAUUCUUGAUCUUAGCUACAAUAGAAUUUCAGGUCAAAUACCAAGUGAAUUAGUUGUUGGAUUGAACAACUUGAAGAUAUAUUUGAAUCUAUCCAACAAUGAACUUGAAGGUUCUAUACCAUUGGAGCUAAGUAAAAUGGAUAUGGUUCUUUCGAUUGAUUUAUCGUUUAAUAAACUAUCUGGAUCAAUCCCACCUCAGAUUGGAAGUUGCAUUGCGUUGGAACAUUUAAAUUUGUCGAAUAAUAUGUUUCAAGGUUCUGUUCCUGAAUCGGUAGGUCGACUUCCUUACCUUAAGGAGCUCGAUAUAUCCUUUAACCGGUUAACAGGGGAAAUACCGUCGUCUCUUCAAACAUCCUCUACUCUUAGUAAACUAAAUCUUUCCUUUAAUGGUUUCCAUGGGAAUGUUUCGAAUAAGGGAGCUUUUUCGAAGAUGGGGUUUGAUUCCUUUGCGGGUAAUCCUGGGUUAUGUGGAUCCAUCAAAUUAGGAUUGAAAAGAUGUAAGAAGAGAUUGAGACUUCGUCGUGCUCUGUUUUUACCGGUUGUAGUCUCACUUGUGUUUUUACUUAUAUUGUGUUUGCUAAUCGGCUACCAUUUUGUACUAAAGUCGAAGUUUAGUAAACGAGGAUUCGAUAAUCAAGACAAGCAAGUAGAAGAAGAAGAACCGGGGGAGAUUAAAUACCCGAGAAUCUCACGUAGACAACUUAUCGAAGCGACUAACGGUUUUAGCAGCUCGAACCUGAUCGGUUCGGGUAGAUUUGGUCACGUUUAUAAGGGAAUUCUGAGAGACAACACGAGAAUAGCGGUGAAGGUGUUGGAUUCGACUGCGAAAGAGAUUUCGGGGAGUUUUCGAAGAGAAUGUCAAGUUCUUAAGAGGACAAGGCAUAGGAAUUUGGUGAGAAUUCUCACAAUUUGCAGCAGGCCGGAUUUCAAAGCUUUGGUUUUUCCUUUAAUGUCGAAUGGAAGCCUCGAGAACCAUUUGUACCCGAAAUUCGGGGUGGUUCGAGUGUUGGACUUGGACUUGGCUCAAUUGGUUAGCAUUUGUAGUGAUGUUGCUGAAGGGGUGGCCUAUUUGCAUCAUCAUUCUCCGGUUAGAGUCGUUCAUUGUGAUCUUAAACCGAGCAACAUUCUUCUCGACGAUGAUUUGACAGCUUUGGUAACCGAUUUCGGUAUUUCGAGGUUGGUUAAAGGUGGUGAAGAUAAGGUUAAUUCUUUAGUGGAUGACUUGACUUCUUAUGGCUCUACCGAUGGCCUGCUUUGUGGUUCGGUUGGCUACAUUGCACCAGAGUAUGGCUUGGGGAGGAAGGCAUCUAUACAAGGCGAUGUAUAUAGUUUUGGAAUUCUUAUUCUCGAGAUAAUAACGGGGAAAAGGCCAACCGAUGUUCUUUUUCACGAAGGCCUAACAAUGCAUGAUUGGGUGAAGGGUCACUACCCUCAUAAGCUCGAGCCUUUGGUGGAAGAAGCACUCAAAAUUAGGCAGGGUCCAUGUCACAAUCAAAUUACAUAUGACAUCGAGACGUGGCGUGGAGUCGUGUUGGAGUUGAUUGAGCUCGGUUUGAUGUGCACGCAAUAUAACUCUUCAACGAGACCAACUAUGUUAGACGUGGCUCAAGAAAUGAUGCGGUUGAAACUCUAUUUUUCGUAA